GAAAAAGAAAAAUCUUUUCCAUUCAGACACACAAUAACACUAGUAGAUAGAGAGUAAAGAGGACACAAACAUUCUGUUUUCUUUCAAAAUGUUGGAAAGAAAGUGGAAUCCUCUAUGAGCUUAGGGUUUCUUUUCUUCUUUCCCUUUCCAUUCUCUUUCUGACUUGGAGGACUAUAAUAGUGUUGGCAAAGAUGAUGCCACUCAAGAAGCUCUGCUGCUGUGAGUUGAUUGUGCUCUGUCAUCUUCUUCUGGCUGCUUGUGUUUCCUCAAAGAACCAUGGAAAUCCUGCUAAUGAUAUUGUAGAGAUGAUUAAUGAGAAUCGAACAGCCCAUAAACUUCCACAGCUUAAUGAAAGUCCUGGUCUCGGCUGCAUGGCCCUGCAAUAUGUUGAAUUAUGUGAGGGUAACUGCACUAGUAACAAUGCUGUUAACUGCAAACCACCUGAAGAUGAUUUCACUGAGGUUUUUGCUCCGAAUUGCGGUGUAGAGCUACCCACUUUUGGCACAAUAACUGGUCAUAUUGUAGGCUGUGAAUCCAAGUAUGUUGACCCAUCACAAGUUUUUUCUCAUGUUCUUGUUAAAGACAAUAGAACUUUAUCCCUUCUGAGAAAUAAAUCACAUACUGAGGUGGGAGUAGGCUUUGUUGGCUUUCACAAGGGCCCUUUCUUCUGGUGUAUUUUGUUUAGUAAUGGGAAGACGAACUCUACAUUUGUUCUUGAAGAUCAUGGCAAAGGAAUCAAGCAAAGGAAAGGGUGCUACAGUGGUAGUACUUUCCCAUGCAGCAGUGGGCAUAAGAUGAGUUUGUUCUUGAACAAUAUCAUGGCCAUUGUUUUCCUGUAUCUUUGCGUCUCCCUGCAUCUGCAUGAAGUUAGAUUCUGAGAAUGUGAGUGGUUUGCAGGCUGUCUGAGAGAUUUUUUUCCAUGUUGAGGUAACCAUGAAAUUCUACUGUAAGAGAUGCAAUUUUUCCCCAUGUUUGUCCUUUGUGAUCAUGUGUUGAUUUUCUAGUUUAUUUAUGAGUUUACAGAAAGUUGAAUUCAACUUAAGUUCGGUCUUUC